AGGUUGGCCUCACAACAAACUCCUGGAGAAAACCUUGUACCUACAGGUCAUCGACUACGACAGAUUCAGUCGGGACGACCCAAUAGGUGAGACCUACAUUCCACUAAAUGAGGUCGACCUCUCGCAGUCUCCUGUGCUUUGGAAAUAUCUGCAGCCGUGCAAAGAUUCGAGGGUGAGGAAGAUUUUCAACUGUUUGUCAUAUUGAUGUAGUGCCUGUGUCUGGCUGUCUGUCAUAUUGAUGUAGUGCCUGUGUCUUGUUGUCUGUUUAGAAUGUCUUUUCUGUAGUUACACUUUGGUUAUGUUCAUUAGUAAUGUGUCUUUAAAUCAGUGAUUUUUCUUUACAUCAGUGAUGUGUCUUUAUAGCAGUCAUAUGUCUUUAUAUCAGUCAUGUGUCUUUGUAUCACUCAUGUGAUCUUUGUAUCAGUCAUUUGUCUUUACGAAUUAGUUUAGAACCUCUUCCACAAUAUGGACUCUAUAAAUAAACUCGGACGGUCGGGGAGAAAAAAAAAGGGGGGGGAGGCUAUAUUCUGUCAUGUAUAAACUAAAAGAUUGCACCACUGUGAAAGUAUUGACCUGUGUGCUGUGAAUGGCAACUCAUCUAAGAGAUGACAAACUCUGAAAUCAAACCCGGAGAUGGAGUCCCGCAGUCAGUAUGACAUUGAUACUUUGAAAAUUCCCACAAAUCCUGCGACGUGGAAUGCACAAAGAGCACAGCAAAGCGCAAGAAACACUGCAGGACACCCAGUGCAUCCUGGUCUGGUUCCAGUCGUCUUGAUUAAGCCUUGCCAUUGGAUUUAAUAGGACAGGGCUGUCUCCCUUACUUUAAACAUAAAACAGCUCAAGGCAAGACUACAUCAACGCAUGCGAAGGUUGAAGAAUAUAAUUUUUAAAAAUAUAACAUUACCUUUUACACGUGUAUAAACAAAAUGUAAUCAACUGGACAUAUCUACGGCUGGCGAUUGUAUUACCUUGUGCGACUAAUACGCACUACAAUCCCGCACUACAAUCCCGCACUACCUUAUAGCAGGUACCGUCUGGAGGCCACUUUAGUUCUUUUACUAUGUUUAGUACUUAAGAUCAGUGCUUUGUCAAAGUUGCAUACUGCUACUAUUUUACAGACCACGAAUACAAUUGUAAUUAUAAAAUGAAUUAACGACACACAUACACAUAUAAAGCAAUGACUACUUAUACUGUCUAUUACUUAAUUAAAUACAUUUUUUCGAUGGACUAAGUUGCGAUUGGCGGUCUGUCCUCUAUAGGCAGGUAAAGUCCACAACACACACACCCACACAGCAGCCUUGUUGGUUUAGCCCCUCUCUCUCUCUCUCUCUCUCUCUCUCUCCGGUCACUGCGCACUGCGACGUCUCGGUGGCGUAACAGGUCUCCGGUUUCCACACGCAUUAGACUCUAAUACUUCAAUUGUGGACACACACACACAGCCCUCUUGCUGGUCACUGCGCCGUCUCUGCUACGCUAGUACGCCUCACCUACACUUGGUUCUUUUUGAUUAGUCUGAUCCUAACUGACCGACUCUACUAAUAAAGAUCAAUACUCAAAAAGGGUCAAGAUUCAAUCUCUUAGGACCCUGGACAUGAUUUUUACGGCGCGCCUCAUCUGCUGGGCGCUUCCGUAUAGGAGAUCAUUAAGGCAAGCUUCCGGAUUCCCACCGUCGGCCCCCGUCCCACUAUUCGGACACGUGACAACCAAGUGGGCUACUGUCUCCUCUUCAAGUCCGCAUAGUCGGCACAAAAGUUCCCUUCUGUUAUCGAGUCGGUGGAGAUAACUGCGCGUAGCACAGUGCCCAGUUCUCAUCUGUGUGAUAAGGCUUUGUUCUCCACGACUAAGCUUCCACCAUGGGUCGCUUUUGCUCGGCCGCUGAAAAUCUUGGUAAAACUGUCGUCCAGUAGUGGCCGUGUCCCACUUUCCAAGCCAUUUUCUCCUGAAAUGGUCUUUCAACCAGGCAGUGACUCCGAGCUGGGUCAUGGGUUUGUCUGGUUGAGGUAGGGUUGCGCCUUCUUGGGCUAAGAAAUCGGCCCGGUCAGGAAGCGACGCCUCUAAGCGCGAAGUGAUAAGCUGGAAGACUACCUUGGGGCCAUGUGCAUGGAUGGAGCCUACUGUCUCCAGAAUGGCAGUGAUCUUUGUCGAGCCCACCGAUCUCUCCCCCAUGAGUUCGAGAGCAGAACGAGAGUCGGUGAAGACCACAACGUCCGGGAAGGACUUUCGUUUAGCUAGCCGUUGGUUCAACCUCUUGAGAGCUACCAGUAUCGCUUCAAUUUCCGCAUCGAGGCUCGUUGCAUUCCUACCGCAUGGGCCUGAUAGCUCCUCGGGUGGGGCUAUCUCUGCGGGAUACUGGAUGAGGACACCGUAGCCGCUACGCUUUUCCUCCGUGAAACAUGAGCCGUCUGUAAAGACUUUAACCAAGCUAUUCGGGUAGGCUUCAAUCGUGCGUCGUGCAGCCUCUCAUGGGUCUAAUUGAGGACUGCUUUCGCUGGCUUUGGUGUCAACCAUUUCCAGUAUGAUGUCUGGUAGGGGAAGGCUUUUGUGUGGCCCCCGCGCGGGGAUCACUUUCACUUUUUCCCUGUUUCUGGGCAGAAUAACGUCUUUUUCAAGACUGUGCACCAUGUCCAUGAAGGAUGGUCGCUUCAAUCUGGACUUUUUCUCCCAUUCGUCUUGCAGUUUGAAACAGGGAUCUUUUCUAUCCAUGCGGCGGUAACGCUCUACCGUCGUAAGGACUGCCUUCUCCCGCCUGACCUCGAGCGGUUCGACAUUGGAAAUGAUCUCCACCGCCGCCGUGGGUGUGGUCCGUAUUGCCCCGCAUACAAACCUUAGAGCACGGUUUUGGAUGCGGUCCAGUUCCUCUAGAGCCGUAUGGCUUGCGAAGGCUAGGACGGGCAAACUGUAGUCCAUUGUUCCUCUCACACUGCUGAGGUAGAGCGACCUCAACAGACUUGCAUCUGCACCCCAUCUAGUACAAGCCAGCUUUUUCACCAAGCCCAGUUUUUGUGAAGCCUUGGCGCACAGUUCGUGUACAUGGUGAUAAAGUCGGAGUUUUUGGUCCAACUUAAUCCCAAGGUAAACUGGAGUCCUGUCCCAUACCAAAUCUGUCCCAUUUAUGGAGAGUUUAACAUCGGCCUUAAGCACAUUUCUUCCAUUGGUGAACCUAGAGUAAACCGUCUUCUCAGUGUUCACAACCAUUUUCCACCGUCUCGCAUAUUCCUCGAUGCUAUGGAGAUCAUUUUGCAGCCGGUUCUGCGAAUGGUUGAUGUUUGGCCCAGAAGUCCAGAUUACUAGAUCAUCGGCGAACAUGGCAUUAUCGGACACUAAGCCCUCUUGCAAGUCAUAGACAUAAGCCAAGAACAAGGUGCAGCUGAGGGCAGACCCCUGGGGGAGUCCGUCCUCCAGAGCAAGCCGCUUCGAUAGACUAUUGCCAACCCGCGUGGCAAUAUAUACCUGUCCUUGAGAAAGUCCGUCACCCACCCGGACAUGUUACCAGUGAUUCCCAAUUUCUGGAAUUUGUACAUGAGGCCUACGCGCCACACGCGGUCAUAUGCUUGCUUGAGGUCAAAGAAAAUUGCCAACGAAUGAUUUUUCUUCUGAAGUUCAUUGGUCAUGGACUGAACAAGACGGAUCACCUGGUCCAUGGGCUGCCUACCCUUACGGAAGCCACCUUGCGUCGGUGGUAGGUGCUUAUUACUCUCCAAAAACCAGUAGAGUCGUCCAUUUACCAUUCGCUCGGCCACUUUUCCCACACAGGACGUUAGCGAUAUUGGUCUAAAGCUACUUGGUAAAUGGCCUGGUUUUCCUUCCUUUGGUACGGGAACCACUAUGGCCUGCUUCCACACUUUCGGUAGAAUACCUGUAGUCCAAGUUCGGUUAAUGAGAGCCAGCAGAAGUUCUCUCCCCAGUUUACCCAGGUGGGUUAACAUUUCAUUGUGAACUUUGUCUGGGCCUGGUGCUUUCGCCGGCAAGCACUUUUUGAGCGCGCUUUGCAAUUCUUCCAUUGUGAAGGGAACUGUGAAUAUCUCAGGGUGGGGUCCAGUACGCUGGAUACGAGCUCCCCUUUUCUUCAGACGGCGAAUUUCCUUAUGCUCUUGGGUCUCUUUUGACACUUUUGACUCAUUGUUCACUGCGGCAAAGUGAGCAUUGAGCACAUUGGCUCUUUCUUUGUCGCUCGCCACGACACCUUUGUCUGAUAGUAAUGGUUGCGGGUUUUUGGCCUUACCCGCACCAGAGAGACUUCCGAGCAGAUUCCACACCUUCCCACCGUCUAGAAGAUUGAGUUUUUCACACGUACUAACCCAUUUCGAUUUUUUCGCCUUUUGAACAGCUGCCCGGACUUCAGCCGUAAGGUGAUUGUAACCAGCACGAGCAGCCGGUGUUUUCUUUCUCGCGGCCUCUUUCCGAGCCUUUGCUCUUCGCUUCACGAGUUUUGCAAGCUCUUUGUUCCAAAAAGGCUUGUACGGUCGCUUCCCGGUCGUUCUCGGGAUCGUCACACGGGCGACCUCUAGGAGGGCGCCAUUAAACUUCUCGAAAGCAACAUCUAAGUCUGAGUCGGCUACGUCGACUGCAAUUAGUCCGAGCUUGGUCUCGCACUGACUUUGGAAAUUAUGCCAGUUGGCUCUGCGAAAGAGCCAGUGGCGUUUAUCGCACUUGGUUUUGGCCUGUCCCAAGUCAACCCUAACCAGUAUGGGCAAAUGGUCACUCCCAACGUCUUCAAGGACACAAAGAUUCUGAUGUCCCGCGAGAUCGGCGGACACGAGCGUCAGAUCUGGCCUAGACACCGUUCCGUGGCCGUAAUGAAGGAGUGUUGGCGCACUCUUCUCGUCCUGAAGCCUGAUAAGAUUGGUCUCGAGGCAGACCUCUUCCACGUGCUUACCAGAGCCGUUCCGCUCUGGAUAACCCCACAUGGGGGAUUUGGCAAUGAAGUCUCCUGCAAUUAUAGUCCGUUUAAAGAUCGUCUCCCCGCGGGUGGGGAUCGUGAUCACAUUGCUUGGAGAAUUGUAAAUGUUCGUCACGGCGAACGUUUUCCCACAUUUAGUGACUUUUACUGAUAGAGUGUCAGUAUUGUCGUAGCGCCUGCACUCAAUGAUCUCCACCGUGAGAUCAUUUCGAACCGCUGUGGUAAUGCCUUUGCAUCGCCCACACUUGCAAUGGUAUAGCGAGUAACCAGUGAUAUGAAACGGCUUCCCGUGAAGCAUUGUUUCUUGGAAGAGUCCUACAUCCACGCCGUGCUCGUGGAGUAGUUUGGUUACUUCGUGUGACUUUUGCCUGAUACCACACACAUUCAACUGGAGCACAACCAGGGAAUGUUUUUGGUGUCCCGUGCCACCUUUUCGAUCUCGAACAGUCGCUUGUUGGCCUCGCACGCGCCUGUCGAGCGUCACACGUGCGAGAGGGGACGCCUUCCCCGUGGGGACAUCCGCGGGGAGAGGGUGCAGUCCACGCACCACACCUGUAGCUUUACUCGGUCCCACCCAGUCUCCCAACAGUGGGUAUCGAGGGCCUUUUAAGGAAGCCGCGGUCGGAGGGGAAGGAUCGUGUCCAAGCCCCCCCCCCCCCNAUCUUCCCCCCCGUGAAGGGGGGCUUUGCGGCGCCCCCCCCCCCCCCUAGCUCAGUGGGUCUUCCAGUCUAGGACAGUGUGAUCUUUUGCUUCCGGAAGCAUGUCCGUACUAGUCUGCCACGCCACGAAGAGGCAGAUCACGUGCACACCACCUCGAGCAAAGUGGUGUGAGUUUCUCCCAGUCUAGCGCAAGCCAUCCUGAGGGAAACCUGGCAGACCGACUCUACUAACUGACUCAACGGCACUGAGUGGUCUAUACUCAACGGUAAUCUAUACCGACUGUACUAAGUUCUACUGUACUGAACUGUACUCAACUCAACUGUACUGACUUUAAAUCAACGCUACUAUCCUAGCUGUGCUAACUGUUACUAACUCAACUGUUAAUUACUGGCUAGAAAUGAAAAUAACGAAUCGACGCAUAAGACAUAGCUAAGAAUUAAAAUCACAUCACAUUAUUAAUAGUUAAUCAUAAUCUAACAGUAACUAUAAUCCUAAAAUUUCUUAAUAAAACUGCAACUCUACAGAAACAUGAAUAUGAAAAUUAACAAAACUAACCCAGCAAAUUAUGAAUAAACAAACUUCAUCAAAUAAUUAUGCCAAACUCUAUUGAAAAACUACAGGCGAAAUAGGGCGAUACAUUAUUGGGGGGUGCCUUUUAUACUGAGCAUAGGGACGCGUGCCCUGAAUCAUAGCGUCAGCGUGGGUACUCAGUGUGGGUACUCAGUGUGUGUACUCAGUGUGGGUACUCAGUGUGGGUACUCAGUGUGUGUACUCAGUGUGGGUAAUCAGUGUGGGUACUCAGUGUGUGUACUCAGUGUGGGUAAUCAGUGUGGGUACUCAGUGUGGGUACGCUUGACCAGAAUGAGUGCAUUGUUUAAAUGAAAUAGCAAAACGAGGUAUGUGGAAGCUUGAAUUAGAGAACAGGACAAAAAGAUUAGGACGUUUCACCAUAGAGCCUUCUUCAGCAGACAGGAAAAAUGUGCGCACUAUGCCGAAACGUCCUAAUCUUUUUGUCCUGUUUUCUAAUUCAAGCUUCCACAUACCUCGUUUUGCUAUUUCAUUUACUAGUCUUGAAUGCAGUCCUUUAAUUAGUAUAUGCAUUAUUAAAGCUAUGUCACGGUCAAGGUGACCUGGUUAAUUUCCAUUGUUCAUUGAGUCAUUGUUAUUGGUGUAAGGUCCAGUCUUAUUGUGUCACGUCACGUGGGGUAGCGAUGGAGUGCGUGUGAGUCAGCGGGUCUCACAAAGGUGAGGGCCAGCAGGUCUCAACACAUACGCUGAAUAGCAGGUCACUUAGUCUUGGCACGGAGAAGAACGGUGAGAUUUAACAGCUUGAUGUGAUACCUGGCGCACAACCGACUGGCUCAGCAGAUAUUCAAGAAAGAUAUAGAGAACGAAAGCAUCAAUGUUGGUGAAUGGGGUGGAUUUACCUUCGAAGACCCAUCCGCAGGGGUUGCAGAACCCACGCCACGGCUCUAUACUGUUGUGUUAGACUGAAUACUAUAGUAAGGACAAACAAAGGACUUUUAGACUUAAUACUCAAAUAAGGGAUUAUCUCAGGACUGUUAGACUUAAUACUCAAAUAAGGGAAAAGUGUAUGUGCACUUAAACCUAAUCUGCAAGAUAACCACAGGUUGAUCAAUAUAUAAUCAGCGGUCAAUACAAGGCGGUACCCCGGGGAUAAGUCCCGCCCAAGAGUUGUUGUUGUUUUUUUUUCGUUAGAGGCCUCGCCCUUUUAUAAAAAAUUAUCCUUUAAAAAAAUACAUCUUCUAUCGUUGUAUUUGAGAAAGGCAUUCAGCCCCUCUGGCCCCUGCACAUGUGGGUAAAAUAUGCUUGCAUGAACCCGUUUUCGAAAAUGACACAUAGCUUAAGUUUCUUCUUUGCAUAUUAGCCCACAGAUUCACACUCACUCCAUCACUCUGCCUCUUUCAACGCGUGCAACCUCUUUCAACAUAACUAACUUCUCCCAACACACCUACCAUCUCUCAACACAGCCAACCUCUCUCAACACACCCACCCUCUCUCAACACACCCAACCUCUCUCAACACACCCACCCUCUCUCAACACACCCACCCUCUCUCAACACACCCACACUCUCUCAACACACCCAACCUCUCUCUACACACCUAACCUCUCUCUACACACCCAACCUCUCUCAACACAUCCAACCUCUCUCAACACAAUCACCCUCUUUCUACACAACCACCCUCUUUCUACACACCUAUCUUCUUUUAAGUUUCUUAGAAGAUAAUAUUUAAACUCAAAUUAUCAUUGCAUAUUAUUUAUCUCAGUUAUUGAGUCCAUUCUAUACACUUCCAAUACCAUUCAUACGUAUAACAAACUUGUUGUGGGUGGAUUUGGGGUUAAUUUGCCUUUGAGAUGGCGUUAAAUAAUAAAGUGGCCUUUAGCGUCAUUUGAUCCCGGUCCUAGUCAAUGGAGCCAUCAACAACUAGCAAGUCUCUACUGCACGGCUCCGUGAUCAAUAUCCAGCUAUGUUGGAUGCACGACUAUUGCCACGGCUAAUGUAUGGGGUGUAAAGUGACAGGUUAGAACAGAAGCUGGCUAAUCCAUUUCCCAAAAAAGAGUGCAUUAAUAAUAUUUAUUUAUGUUUGUAAUUAUAAGCAAAGUUAAUGAGGCGAAUGCUUUUAAAGACUUGAGGAGUUUUGUUAAGUGUGGAGCACAGUAGAGACCAACCGAAUUUCGGCUUUGCCUUCGGUUUCAGUGCAUAAAGUUGCCAUUUGAUCAUUUUCGGCUUAAUUUCGGUUUCGAUCGAAACAGAAAUGUUUACCUUUGGUUUAAUUUCGGUCUCGGCCGAAAGUCAUCUGGCCGAAAGUAACUGAGGUUCUCAGUCAUCUAUCAGAAGUCAGACUGUCUGUCUCUAGGCCGACAAUCCGAUAUUCUUUAUUGCACGACGUCUUGCUGUCAUCGUAAGACUCAAAUUAGUCUAAUGGGACUCGGGUCCGAAUAGCGACGAUGCGUUUCCGGUUCCAUUUUGACUAUAGGGCUAUUUGGAUGUCAUUUGUGGUAGUUUAUUUUAGUUAAAGUGAAGAAGUAAAUUUACAAAAAUAUAUUCCUUUCAAUUAUCUUUCAAUUUGAUACCAAAUUUUGUCUUACAACCCUACAAUAUUUUUUAAAAUAUUUUUUUAAUAAACCCAAACUCUCACUUCUCGGACCCGGUUCUGAAUAGUCACAGCCAAUAUUUAUAUCAUUAUUUCUGAAUUUUUUAAUUUUUUUUUAAAUAAAAAUUUGGAACCCUAGGUUUAUUCAAUUCCUUCAUUUGUUAUAUUCAUUUGGAUUUAUCAUUAUCAUGCUCAUCGAUGUUGUCAUAGGCAAAGAUGAAUAAUAUUGAAUAAUCCUAGGGAAUGGUAAUAUUUCCAAUAUUAUUUUUGUUUUAUUUUUUUUUUAAAUAUUGAAAAAAUAAAGGAAACUUCGGCCUUUGUCAAACCAUUCAUUUCUUGAAGUCCAUCAAUAUCAUGCUCAUAAACAUUGUUAUUGACGAAAUAACACGCCUGUACAUGUAUCACGGGUUCCUAUUAUAAUUAUGUAGUAGGCUUACCGCACACCUGUUUACUUUUAUUAUAUUGGCGACCAAUUUAUCUGUCUUUUGCGAUUCUCCGUCGAGGCCCGGUAGAAGAGCCAUUUUAAGAGACACGGUUAAAAAAAAUUCAUCACUAAAAGGAGAGUGAUGGGGGUGGGGGGAGGUUGGUCUCCGAACUAAAUAAUUACGUCACCAGCACGGAAAGACUAGUGUGUUGUUACUAGGCUAAAUAUUAAUACAGUGAUAUCUUGCCGCUAUUCAUGAAAACAUAAAGCAUUCGUAUGACGAUAACCGCGAAACAUGGUGGUGACAUUUCUAUUGCCUUAAUAACUUAUAUUUAGGUGAACUGGCUCUAUUAGAGCCACAAUAAUUAUUGUAGGUAUAUGUUCUAAGUUGUAAUUAUAUUAUAAUUAUAGGUCCGUCUAACAUUCUUAUAUAAAGUGGUCACGGGGCUAGUGCCGGCCACUCCAGCUAACACGUAUCUAGCCCCGCAGAAGCCAGGUCACUUAAACAGAAACAAACGCUCAAUAGACACUGACUUCACCUCUGACAACUCCAUGAGCAGUUACAUCCGGAACAAUGAUAAAUGCUUCACUGUGCUCGGUGUAACACAGUCAUUCUUCCAACGAACAAUAAUUGCUUGGAACCAACUGGACAAUGCCGCCGUGGACUCGACAACCCGCUAAAAGCCGUUAAGAUAGCCUCAUCUUUUCCCAAACCGUUGCACAUAUGCCAGAUCAUGGAUGCAGCAACCCACCCUAUCAGAAUCAGAAUUUUAAAAAAGGGCUAUUUUAACUGAAUUUUGCCCCUCCCCCUUCCAAAUUUUCUCCUACCAUAGUACUUUAAAAAACAUUUUAAAGAAAUGUAAUUCAAACUCAAAUCAUCCGGGGACCGCGGAAGGUACAGUCUGAUUGCGACUGGGCAGCAUCAAGUAUUCAACAAAAAAUGCGAUUAAAAAUUCAAUAAAGUACAAGUGUUACAAUGUGCUCAACCUUUAACAACAAAUAAAGACAUUAAGGGUUCGCAAGAAAUAGGCUUCAUUUUCUUUUCUCAAUGUGCUCAACCUUUCUUAAUAACAAAUAAAAACAUUAAGGGUUGUCAAGAACUGGACUUCACUUUCUUCCUCCUACUCUUUUUUGCCAGAGUCCUGGCAGCGCUUCUUUUUACACAGCUGAGCAACAUGUGGCUUGAGUUAGGAAACGACUGAGACCCUCAGUAUAGCUUGUAGAUGCUCAACAGUAAGUUUUGCCCUGAAUAUUGACUUGUCGAAGUUCAUAGUGGAAAAGAGCAUUUCACACCGAUAGGUACUCCUAAAAAGUCUUGUGAUCCGCUUGAACAACCUGGAAAUCUCAGUGAAGGUAGAGGGCAAUGCUGUCAUAAAAUGUACAUGCUUGCCUAUUUUUCCAUUCACCUUCCUGAACAAGUUGGGGGUGGGGGUAUCUUCCACAUAGAAAGGGUCAGCAAAAAGCUGAAAAGUGUCAGUGUGCGUUUUGAAGUCUAAAAUAUGUGAUCAAAUUCUUCCUGUAGCUUUGCAAUGGCAUCAGUAUACUAAGUUACCUAAGUACUACUGAAUGGUGUGCCCAAAUCCAUAACUACCUUGCCUGUUGGGAAAUGGCUGAGGUUUCUCUAAAAACCAUAACACAAGUUUUAUGCAGAAUGCCCUGACAUUGUCAUAGGCGACACUGACAAGCUAACCCUGGUCUUGUAAAUUCUUGUUGAGUACAUUCAGCUCCUGUGCAAUGUCAACAAGAAAAGCCAAGUCCAUGAGCCAUUUGGGAUCACUUAGUACAGGAACAACCACCCCAUUCUUCUCCAUGAAGGCUUUAAAUGCUAAAACGUGUUCAAACAGUAGGCAGGAGUAGGUACUGUUUAUGACUUCUUGAUGCGAAUGAAUAAGUUAUUGUAGGGAGAAUGAAAUUUGAUUUUUUUAUCGUAGAAAGGGCCUUUUUGACUAACCCUAUUUGAACAGUGACCAAGCUGACAGGCUCGGGAUUUCCCUCAAUCGUAAACACUAGCGGCAUUUUUAAUAGGGAUUCUUUGAUACCGUAUCCGAUUGCUACGAUUUACACAAUUAUGGUUGUGCAUUACCCACCAACUGACUUUUUGAAACUUUUCUCAAAACCGCACUUUGGCCAUGUUUGUCUCAUAAAAUGCUAUAAAAUAAAAGCUUUUAGCCCGACUUUAAAAUUGUUCUUACCUUUAUAAUCAACCUUGUCCCACACAUUUCCUUAAACCUAAAACUGAUUGCAGUCUCUCUCUCUCUCUCCUCUUAUUAUCAUUCAACCAAAGAUUUCUGCGUCACAUUUUGUGAAUACGAUGGUGGGACAAAGUGCCCAACACAGAGGUUUUGCAAUUGCCAAAAUGUGAAGGAUGUUCUCCGCUUAUAGAAAGAGGAUCCUUCACUGUUUAGGCUAUUUAAGGAGAAUGUAGGGAGGUCGUAUUCUAAAGAAUCUACUGUAUUGGGAGUUUGCAGAAGGGGCAAGACUUAUUGGACAGCCGCGGCUGCAAUUUAAGGACCUUUGCAAAAGGAACAUAAUAGAAGUCAACGAAUUGAUGAGAUGAUCGCAGAUCACCGUUCCACUUGGCAAGCAGUGGUGGUUGAGUCAAACAAGUGGUAAGUCAAGGUUCUCCUGUGAAAAGUGCAGACGACACUGCCAGUCGAAAAAACGCCACAAUCAAGGUAUUAUGAGGGUGACUAAAAUUGUGUGACGAAGGGAUGGGCGGGGUAAAAAUAUGCCAAAAUAAUAUGACAUAAUUUUCAAUAGCCCCAUUUAUCAUACUGAUAGACAAGAGGGGAAGCCCUAUUCCUCUUUCUGGAUCUUCCAGUGCUUACACAAAGUCAACAGACAGCAGUAUCUGGGUUUCAAGCCGAGUCCAGAAAAAGAUUAAGAACUUUUGACUUUGCGAAUUCAACCCAGCAGGGUAUUGUGAGCAACUUAUGAAAAGUCAAAGGCUGACGAAAGAGAUCUCUAUAGAAAUCCCUAGACUCAUUCAUAAGUUAACCCCAGAAACAGCCCGCCAUCACCAUCGGCAGCCUGGUCAUUAUCAAAGAUAGAAUAUCUGCAGUUUACUCAUUGUCAAAAUGAAUAAGUGAGAACAGAUCCUUGUGGAAGAUGACUUACUUGGAUUCACAAUUCUCCACACCCUGAAUUGAGAAACUGAUUUGUUUUCUUUCCUAUUAAACUUGGCAAUGUUUUUCCCAGGGAAAACUUGGAGAGCUGCUCUUAUCCCUGUGUUAUCAGCCAAACAUCGGUCGUCUGACUGUUACCGUUAUGAAAGCCAAAGAUCUCAAAGCCAAGGAUAUAACAGGAUCUUCAGGUAAGAAAAAUUUGAUUGCAGGAGCAAAACUAAAAGAUUUGUUUAAUAUAAACUCUACAGGAGGUAAGAACAGAUGGUCAUGCGUGUAACAAAAAUGAAUAUAACUUUUCUAAUGUCUGAACUGCACUAAGAAUAUAUUUGGAGUGACAUCUGUUAUUCUCUGAUUUAAUAUAUGCUCCACACCUAUAUUACCACAUACCAUAUACAUUUGGCAGACCACUAUUCCAGACCAAGAUGACUGCUCACCUAUGCUAUGGGAAAUACACUAAAGUGAUAUCAAUCUACUUGCUGGCAGAAAAUAUUUCAGACAGUUUACUUACUGCAAAGUAUGAACUGCGAGCUCAUUGAGGCAAACCCUAACUAUGCUGCGUUGAGAACCCUCUAGUUCUAGUGCCCUUGCACUAAUCAACUUACUACAUAUAUCAUCAAAGAAAAUGUUCAAAUAUCCUUAUGUGUAAUAUCUGAAAGGAUCAUUUUGAUAGGGAACAGGCUAUACAGCUUCAAUGAAAACUUAAUCGCUCUUCCUUAUUUUUUCAAGGAUAGUAAAAUAUGCAAAGGAAAACGAAUCUAGAAAUCUGAAAUCUGAACGAACAAAAUACAGAUAAACCCAUUUAAAACAUUUUUUGAUAAUAUAGCUAAUACUGAGUCAAACUAUUUCAUAUGUUAAAAAUAGCAAGCGUAGUCUGAGAGCUUUCCAGAUUGAAAAAUUCGUGUAAGUAUUUAAGAACUAUUGCUUUUAGUUAGGGGACUGACAAUAAUUCUCUGAUACUGUACUACAGAUGUGUAUGAACUUAAAACCAGACACAAAACUCAUUGUCUUCAAAACUUAAUAUUUCCAUUUUCUCCAGGUUUCUGGCAACUGGGGUCAUGUGGUAGGUUUGACAUAACAAAAAACAACACUUUUUAAGCCCUUCGUUUGUUUGGUAAUUGGGAAAUAUACCUAUUUUUCAAAUUGGUCCUUCAAAAAAUAAGAAUUUACAAAACAAAUAAAACUAGGUGAUUUAAAACAUAUUUUAAACAGAUGUCAUUUUAAUCUUGUGUUUCUCAAAAUUAAAUAAUAUAAAAACUACAUUUACACAAACUGGGAUACCUGUUAUCUUUCCUUAUACUCCGAGACCUUUGCUAGGUAAAUUUCUGUAGUUUUCGUCUUUCCUUCUCUCCUUUUUCUCAUAUUUUUCUGCUUUUUUUAUUUGCUAUAUACACAGAACAGAUUAAACUCAGCUUGGUUAAGAGGUUUAAUUUUUACUUUAUUUAUUGUUUACUCUAACUUUGUAAUAAACUUAAAUUAGAUUUACUACAUCUUCUAACAUAUUAUUACAAACAUCAAAAACAUUAUGUAGGCCUACAGGACUAUAAGAUCAAUUUAAUUAAAAUUUCAGCUACAUCUUCAAUGUGUAGAACUUGGUCUGGACUGUUGAACAUUGUUUACCAUGCUGAAUUCUGGGUUUAUAAAGACAAAUUUUGCUGCAUAUUAUUUGAGAGAAAGUAUCAUUGGUUUUUUUUUUUGGUUGGGUUUUUUUUUUUUCAUUGCCAAGAUUUAAAGUAAAUGUUAAACAUUUAUUUAACAGUUCUUAAUUUUUAAAUUCUUAGACAACUCUUAAAAAUUGAGUUGCAGUUUAAAAUGAAUAUAGAGUGAAGUAUGUAAUGGGAUUUUUCUUAUUAUCAAUUAACCACUAUUUUUUGUGUUUGUGUUUUUUUUUAGAUCCUUAUGUCAAGAUUUGGCUCUCCUAUGGUACUACAAGGGUUGAAAAGAAAAAGACCAAUAUCAAGAUGCGAACAUUAAAUCCAAUCUACAACGAGUCCUUCAUUUUUGAUAUUCCAUGGGAGAAAAUAAGAGAGGCCAACCUGGAAGUGAGCUGCAUGGACUUUGAUAAGGUUGGACGCAAUGAGCUCAUUGGUCGCGUGGUUCUGGGAUGUAGGAGUGGACCAAUGGAAACGCGACAUUGGAAUGACAUGGUUGCAAAGCCACGGCAACAGGUGGCACAAUGGCAUUUGUUAAAAGAUUGAUAGACCAGCAAUGUCCAGUUUUAGCCAUUAGUUGUUUGAGCAUAUGUUGAUGAGUUAUUUUGUUGUGCAAAACAUUAGCAGUGUUCACAUGUACACACCUUGUUGAAAAUGAUUGUACACACAUCCACUGUUUUGUCUUUAUUGCUUGGGAGCUUGAGAUAAGAACUUCAAAACUUCUGAUAUAGAGAUUAGAAGUUGGAUUUCAACAUAAAUAUAACAUGAUGACAUGUUUCAACUUGAGACAAAUAUCAUGAAAUCUCAAAUAAAAGAACAUAUUUUAUUUACACAUUUUUCUUGUGAACUGUAG